AUGCCCGGCCGCAACGUCGUAGGUUUGGUUUUGGUCGUGGCCGUCUUCUUCGUCGCCUCCGCUCUCGCCGUUCCCCAGUGGCCUCUCCAAUGGCAGUCGGAGUUCAACUUCGUCAACGUGUCGAACCGCGUCCUCCUCAACUAUGGCUCCUACCACUUCAAGAGCGACGGUAAGACCACGCAGCUGCGCAUCGACAACUUCAACUGCCCCGUCGGCGACCGCUCCUUCUUCUGCCGCGUCAUCUUCGCCCGCGACACCAACUGCUAUCUGUACGCGCCCGAGAGGAACAACCUGUGCUGCCUCCUCGUCCCCGGCCUCCUCGCCACCGGACCCAACUGGCUCCACAAUGCGACUUUCCUGGGCAUCAAGGAGUACCAGCACCAGAAGACCAACGCCUGGCUCAACACGCCCAACAAGGACAUCUACUACGAGACGCUGAAGACCAAGACGGCCGCCUCCGACCCCGUGGCCCUCGCCGACAGCUCCACGGCCCUCGAGUGGAACACCUUCCGACGCGGCGCGCAGAGCGAUUCCCUGUUCGCCAUGCCGCGCGAUGGCUCCUGCCAGAAGCCCUGCCAUUUCAGUCGCACGGUGGAGCUGCCCCUCGUUCCCUUCAUCUCCGCCCAGUAA